AUGAGUCAACGAAAAUCUCUUCGUAGUCAACAAUUAGCACGCCUAAGUAGCAUCUCUUCGGACUCCGAAAGCGAUUCAGAGUAUGACACUGAGGAGCGUUUCGGCCGGUGGAUAGGUGAACCUCACAAGGUCGAGGGUGGCCGUGUGUAUUACAACGCAUUAAGCAAAAACGAAAUUGUGUUUCGGAUAGGUGAUGCUGUUACGAUUUAUGAUGGCGAUUCCAGUUACUAUGUGGGCAUAAUCGAGUAUUUAUAUGAAAAAAAUAACCGCAGUAAAGCCAUGGGUGAGAAGUAUCUACAGCUUAUAUGGUUCACUCGGGCUUUUGCAAAACGAAUGGAACUAAAAAAGGACCUGCUCCUUCCAGACAGACAUCUUUGUGAGCUUUACAUGACUCCCGGACGAGAUGAAAACUUAACGUCAUGCGUAUUGGACAAAGUUAAUGUUUACAAUGAAGCUGAAUUCUUUUCAAAGUUCCCAAAAGGAAUAUCGCCAAAAAAUAAGCGGUUAUUAGAAACCAAUUUCUUCGUCCGUAAGGGUGUUAAUAUGCGUGCAAAACGUUACACGGAAAACAUUGAUUGGUCUGAGUAUCGUGAAAACAUAAAAAAAAUAAAAGAACUUGUAUGGUACUUGGAAGAAAAGCUCGCACCCUCGCUUACUUCUGCAAAGCGGAAACGAGCAAAGGAAGAUGACUAUAAAUUUUACUCAGAGGAAGACGAUGACUCACUUCAAGAAGCCGAAUUAUUACCCUCUGACGACGAUGAAUUUGGACCAAGUCCAUUUAGAGAUACGUCUAAUAGCGUCCCCAAAACUCCAAGACGACGAAAAAAGAAAGCUAAAGCUUCAUCGGAACCGUCAUCCACCCUCACGACUCCGCGCAGAAGUGCCAAAAAACCAUUGCAAAUUACACCUCUUCCCAUGCGUGUCAUGCCACUAAACGAAUUUCAAGGCUCUCCUCAUAAAAAAGCACGAGCAUUGCUCCACGUUUCGGCCAUUCCGAACUCUCUUGAGGGACGUGAUAAAGAAUUCACUACCAUUUUUAGCAGCAUUGAAAGCGCACUAGAAGAAGGGACUGGUGCCUGUUUGUACAUUUCUGGAACUCCUGGAACUGGUAAAACUGCAACUGUUCAUGAGGUCAUUUGGUCUCUUCAGGAUAUGGCUACCAAAAACCAAAUUACCGACUUCACUUUCUGCGAAAUUAACGGUAUGAAAGUAACCACUGCCACACAAGCAUACGCACAGCUUUGGGAGUCGCUCACUGGCGAUCGAGUUACACCAAAGCAUGCUAUGGAGCUGCUUGAUAAACGAUUCACCUUGCCUUCCCCCAAUCGGAAUCCAUGUGUAGUGCUAAUGGAUGAGCUUGAUCAAUUGGUAACACACAAUCAAAAGGUAUUGUACAACUUCUUCAACUGGCCUUCUUUACCUCACUCGCGACUCAUUGUCGUAGCUAUCGCAAACACUAUGGAUUUACCCGAACGUGUAUUAACAAAUCGCAUUUCAUCCCGUUUAGGUUUAUCGCGUAUUACAUUUGAGCCGUAUAACCAUAUGCAACUUGAACGUAUUAUUAGCAGUCGUCUGGAAUUGGUAAAGGAUGAGCUCCUCUUUACAAAUGAUUCUAUUCAAUUUGCCGCCCGAAAAGUCGCUGCCAUUAGCGGUGAUGCUCGUCGAGCAUUAGACAUUUGUCGACGUGCCUCUGAGCUUGCAGAAAACAAAAACUGCAAGGUUACCCCAAAUCUCAUCUACCAAGCUAUUCUAGAAAUGACUACCUCACCUUUGCAAUCCUUGCUAAAAUCUCUCUCAUUUGUUCAAAAGGUGCUGGUGUGUGCUGUUGUUAACCGGAUGCGUCGCUCGGGCUUUGCAGAAUCAUUCCUCUGCGAAGUCAUGGACGAAGCAGAACGUUUGAAAACAACAUCCGAAAAGUUCAGUAGCUCAAGUGUUUCGCAAACAAGAAAAGCCGAUCGCUUGCAAUACCGCUAUGCUCUAUCCAGUCUUGUGGAGAGCGGCAUAUUCCUCAUUGACGGCAAACAAACUCGACAUUCCCGAGUCCGUCUUGCAAUUGGUGAUGAGGAGGUAAAAAUGGCAUUUAGAGAUGAUUCAGAGCUCAGAGGAAUUGCUUAA